AUGAUGGAGAGCGACAGAGAGCUGUCGUCCAUGGCUCAGAAGCUGUGGGACAACGAUGUCAACAGACUCAAACCAGGAAAAGACUACAGGAUCUCCCUGCAGGGCAAAGCUGACAACAUGUCCAUGAACAACGACAACAACGAUGGAGCGGGAUAUCCUCUGUUUACAUUUGUUGACGAGAGCAUUUUCAAAAAGGAGACCUUUCUGGCCUUUAUUUCCCUGCUGGAUAACUACGUGAGUGACACUGGCGAGCCAGAAAUUGUAACCCCCGAGGAGGUGGCAGAAAACCACAAGUUCCUGGACUCCAUCAUUCAGACUCCCACCAUGAAGCUAGCCCAUAAAUACCUGGUAGAGAAGAACCUCUCUCCUGCGGAUACGACAAAAUUCAAGGAGCAGCUGUACAGGAUCUGGUUUGAACUCUAUGCCAGGAGGGGAUCCAGCAGGCCGGACUCCUCGGGGUUCGAACACGUGUUUGUUGGAGAGACGAGAGGAGGCCGGACUGUGAUUGGCUUUCACAACUGGAUCCAGCUCUACCUGCAGGAGAAGCUGGGACACAUCGAUUACAAAGGCUACAGCGUCACGGCACAUUCACCCCAGCCUGACGAGAACAAACACAUCCUGGCUCUUCAGUUCAGCUGGAAGAACGGCAUAAAGCCCAAGGGCAGCAUCUUCGUCGGCGUCAGUCCCGAGUUCGAGUUCGCCCUCUACACCCUCUGUUUCCUCACCUCGCCCAAUGAGCGCGUCAAGGUCCAGUUCAGUUUGUACGAUGUGGAGAUCGUUUGCCACCACUACAACCAAAAGCACAUAGGCACCACCUACCCUGUGCUCCUCAAGUACCAGAACCUUUAG